AUGAUCAUAUCAAGUCUUUGUUGUAACAAAGAAGCAAAGGUGAAGAAAGGGGUUUUUAAAUUCAAGCAACAAGGUGAAGAUUUUACAAGCACUGUACAAUUCAAAAAAGAAAUCAGACUUUAUGGUACAGUACAAGUAGAUAGGCCAACUAAACUUAGUUUCAUAAUUUAG